AUGUUAGAAGGAAACAUACCACCAAGCCUUGGAAAUUGCCAACAUUUGACAUGGCUCACUCUUUCUCAAAAUAAUUUUAGUGGCAACAUACCCAAACAACUUUUUGGAAUUGCUACCCUAUCUGUUAUGCUGCUUCUGGGACAGAACCGGUUGUCUGGAUCUCUUCCUCUGGAGGUUGACAAUUUGAAAAACCUAGUGGAAUUGGAUGUCUCAGAGAAUGAAUUGUCGGGUGAAAUUCCAAGUAGCCUUGGUAGUUGCACUAACCUUGAACGUUUAUGCCUGGAAGGUAAAUUCUUUCAAGGAUCUAUUCCCAAUUCAUUGCAAUCUUUGAGAGGCCUCCAAGAAUUUGAUCUUUCAAGUAACAAUUUAUCAGGCCCAAUUCCCAUAUAUUUAGAGAAAUUUUCCUUGCAGUAUCUGAAUUUGUCCUUUAAUGAUUUGGAGGGUCAGGUUCCCAUGGAAGGAAUUUUCUCUAAUGCAAGUGAAAUAUCAGUUGUUGGAAAUCAUCGGCUUUGUGGGGGUAUAUCCCAACUACAGCUGCCAAAAUGCACAGUCGAAAAGCCAAGGAAACAUAAGAUGUCUCUUGCAGUCAUAUUGAUAAUCUCUGUAGCCUGUUUGCUUGUUGCAGUGACAAUGGUGUCAUGUUCCAUAUUAUGUUGGUUCAGGAAGAAAAGAGAACAUCAGAUUUCAGGAUUAUUGUUGGGGCCGAAGUCACUGUUUAGGGUAUCUUAUGAUAGGCUCCACAAAGCAACAGAGGGAUUCUCCUCAGAAAAUUUGAUUGGCUUAGGUAGUUUUGCCUCUGUGUAUAAAGGAGUCUUCCAUGAGGAUGAUACAGUUGUUGCAGUCAAAGUACUUAAUCUGCAACAUCGAGGAGCUUCCAAGACUUUUAUGGCUGAGUGUGAAGCCUUGAGAAAUGUUCGACACCGAAAUCUUGUGAAAAUUAUAUCCUCUUGCUCAAGCAUUGAUUUCCAAGGUAAUGAUUUUAAAGCCCUGGUUUAUGAAUUCAUGUCAAAUGGGAGUCUAGAGAGGUGGCUGCAUCCGGUUGCAGAAGCAGAGGAUGGAGAGAAUAAAUUUAAGGGUCUGAACCUUCUUCAAAGAAUAAACUUUGCCAUCGAUGUGGCUGAUGCACUCGAUUAUCUUCAUAAUCAUUGCCAAACACCAAUCAUUCACUGUGAUUUGAAGCCAAGCAAUAUUCUGCUAGAUAGGGAGAUGGUUGCUCAUGUGGGAGAUUUCGGGCUUUCAAAGAUUCUAAAGAUUCUACCGGAACCCAUAAAUUCAAAUCAAAGCAGCUCAAUUGGAAUAAGGGGAACAGUUGGGUAUGCACCUCCAGAGUAUGGGCUAGGAAGUGAGGUAUCCACAAAUGGUGAUGUAUACAGUUAUGGGAUCCUGCUGCUGGAGAUGAUAAUAGGGAGAAGGCCCACCGAACCCAUGUUUGAAGGAGGCCUCAACCUCCACAAUUUUGCCAAGAUGGCCCUGCCUGAUCGAGUACCAGAGAUCGUCGAACUAAUACCUCUUGCAAGUGAUCAAGAAGAGGUGGAUGUGACAACCCGGAGCUACCAGAACCCAAGCCAAUCGAUGGCUGAAAAGAGAAAGGAGCAGUGUUUAAUUUCCAUGAUCAAGAUUGGAGUGGCAUGCUCCAUGGAGGCACCCCAAGAUCGAAUGAACAUUGUUAAUGUUGUUAAUGAGCUGAAUGCAGUCAAGAAGAUCUUUCAAGGGACUAGAACUCAUCUAUAG